AUGGGAGAUAUAAUACAUCAUGUUAUUGCAAACACCCUGCAGAGGCCGGUCCUCUCCCCGGACGGCAAAUUCCUGGCCGUGAUCGCCGCAGACGACAGGAUUUAUUUGAUUAAUCUGCUCGAGGCCGUCAAUGGCCACCAAUACAUCACAGCACCCGAACUACCUAAAUCUACACGAGCAUUCCUGAAAGAAUGCAAUAUCCUGCGCUGGUCACCAGAAACCCUGGUCGUUUUAGAUGAGGCCGAGGAUGUCCGGCCCAAGAGCUCAUCACAGUGCGAAUCUGAAUCGACUUGGAUCUUGCUUUCCAACGGCAGCCGCUUGGUCGUUCUGAGUACCAACCUCCCCAGCCCGAGCACCUCCUCCGACAGAGGCACGACCGUCGGGGAUCCAGCGAGCCGCAAGUCAGACAUCCUGGCGGACUAUGAUCUUGGAAGCCAGUAUGGCAAACUCAGCUUUGCCGAGUUUGUCUUGAACCACAGACAUGUCUUGAUUAUGUUUGAGUUUGGGACUACCGCCGCGAUACUCAACCUGACGAAACCGCAGCGGGAGGAAAUCCCACACGUCAAGUUCAAUGACUCCAGGAGUUUUGCCGCGGCGCCCGAUACACGAUACUUUGCCUUGCUCCGAAGAGACAAAAGCCAGGACAAAGUUACCGUCUUCGAGCUGAAGGACGACAAUAGCAUAACCUAUAAGUCGUUUGAUACCAACACUCUCGACGCUCAAAGUCUCACUUGGUGUCCUGCGGGACGCCCGAUCCUUGCGAUAUGCGAGUCACCAGCUUAUGGGGCCAAGGUGUGCUUCUACACGAUCCAAGGACAUGCACUAACACAACUGGAUAUCUCCAGAGCCGCAUUACCCCGCAACACUGAAGUUAUCGGUGGGACCCCGCCGGUAGACAUGGAAGGUGUCGGUGCAACGUUCUGGAAGUGGACGAAGGCCGACGAUAAAUCAUUGCGGACAAUUCAGGUUGCCGCAGAUGGAGAGGGGCGUGUGGUCGUCCGCAUGCUCACCACAGGCAUGGCUUUUGAGAUACUGGGGGCCUUCGCUCAUCCUGAGCUGAUCGAUGGGUCAAGGACGGCCGUAUGGCAAGAGAGCCCCCAUUCGAGAGGAGCACUGCCUGAGCCGAUGGCGAAGUUUACCCGGCACGCAGGCACCUUCGAAGCUUUACAACCCCAGCCACAACCAAAGACCACACAAACGAGAGAGGAGCAGGCACAGAAAGAGAAAGAAACUCAAAAUCAAGUCGAACUUGUAACAAUCAAUUCGGACCAGACCAUGGCGGCCACAAAACUACGAUCUUCACCUCGUACACUCUACUUAUGGAGACUUGGACGGGGAAGGUCCCAUCAUCCGCACACAGUACUAGUUUUCAACCACGCAGUUCGCCAGGCCCUGUGGCACCCGUGGCUCUCGAGCGUUCUUCUGAUCGUUACAAUGCGCAAGACUCCUCAUAUCUAUGCAUGGUACUCAAAGGAGUGUGCACCGAUCAGUGGCCAAAUCCCACUAGACAUGAAUACUCGUCCCUCGACACAUCUAUCGGCCACGUGGUUGCCGCAGUGCGCUCGCAAGGCUGAUGACGACAGCGGGGCCUCCAGCACAGGCAGCGAGCGUUGUCCUUUCCUCGUCUCAUCAUCCGCAGCAUUCCAGGUGGGACAUGUGUCGGUAAAAGAAGGACAGCUUGCGUUUGAGAGCAUUUUCCUUCUGGAUGCGGUCACCCGACGCGAUUCACUCGAAACGUAUCCCUUUCCAGAGAGCGAAGACAAUUCAGACAUGGUCAUCGACACACCAAGUCGUCCUAGCAGAGUACCGAACAACGCAGCACGAUUCGGUGACCCGGAGCAACCUCCGAUCAUGGAGCAGCACAGCUCAGUGGAAGCGCAAACGACAUACUUACGCUGGUGA